CCUCUUCUUAGGGCUCUCUUAGCCCGCAGUUCUGCAAGCCCUUCCGGGCCUGCUCCUGCCGUGCCGCUAGUCAGCUAUAGGAGGGUGGUUAUCCUCGGAUACCGCUCUGUAGAGAAGACAUCUUUGGCACAUCAGUUUAUGGAGGGCGAGUUCUUGGAAGGCUAUGAUCCUACAGUGGAGAAUACUUACAGCAAGAUAGUGAUUCUUGGCAAAGAUGAGUUUCACCUACACCUGGUGGUUGCAGCAGGGCAGUAUGAGCACAGCAUUCUGCCCUAUUCAUUCAUCAUUGGGGUCCAUGGUUAUGUUCUUGUAUAUUCUGUCACCUCUCUGCAUAGCUUCCAAGUCAUUGAGAGUCUGUACCAAAAGCUACAUGAAGGCCAUGGGAAAAUCUGGCUGCCGAUGGUGCUAAUGGGGAACAAGGCAGAUCUCUCUCCAAACAGGGAGGUCCAGGCAGUUGAAGGGAAGAAGCUGGCAGAGUCCUGGGGUGUGAUAUUUAUGGAGUCAUCUGCCCAAGAGAGUCAGCUGGCUCAAGGCAUCUUCACCAAAGUUAUCUAGGAGAUUACCCAUGUGGAGAACUCCUUCUACAGGCAAAAGCGCCGCUGCCGUCUCAUGUGAGCCCUCAGGCAUGGGGUAGCUGCCUUGAUUCUGCCCCUGGCACUUGCCAGGCUCCAAUAGGGGCAGGUCCUCAGGGCUUCACAGGUAUGGUUGCCAGCUGUGUUCCUGGCCCUCUGGGCACACAGUAUGGUACCCUCAUGUUUGCACAGUUUUCCCAGGCUUCAGUGGCCUAGUUGUCAGUGUUUACAAAGGGGCAAGAAUGUCUCAUGGGCUCUGGCCUCAGCUCUCUGUUUUUGCUAAAUGAAUUCUUAUAACCUGCAAGGUUGCGAGAUGAGUCCUGGGCAUUAUUUAUUCAGGAUCCAGUCGCCUAUGUAGAUUUUGGGUUUUGGCUGGGUGAAGGGAGCUGGGGACUCUAGAAGUGGAGCUGGCUCCCUGGGGUGACAAUGUAUAUAUGCAAAUAAACUGAGAAAUCUUUUUAUUGUUGAUUCUUCUGUAAUGGGAAGAAUUCAGGGCCAAUAUCUCCUUUUCCAAGGAGUGAUUACUAUGGUCUUUGGUGGGGAUAAGGGUUAAUUUAUUUCCUCCUACAUCAUUCCUAUUCCUUACUCCUCACUCAUUCAGGACCUUUACCGUAAGACUUACUACUUGCCUUUCUCAGCUCUUUUCUACUGGGUUCUCUCUGUACAGGUACCAGUUGGCUGCCACUCCCAUCCAAGUUUGUAGGCCCUCAAGAGCCCCUUAACUACAGAAACACUACCCUCUAGUGGCCAGCUGCCACUUGCUGGCCUAGCUUGUCUCCUGGGCCUUGGCAUUUGCUGGAACUCAGAGUGGGUAGGAUUUGGGGAAGGUGAAGGCCCUUCCUUAUUCCUAGUGAUAUAAUAAUUGAGGAGUGUAGAGGCAGGGACUAAACUUUGUGAAAAUUGUCUAAGAGAGUUGUGAGUAAAGUAAGAAAUAAUGCCUGUGGUGUGUAUCAAUCCCCCCAUACACCCAUGUCCCCAGUGCUUUUCAUUAAAAUGAAUUUUCUUUGCUCUUUU